UGCUUCUUUUUCAGGUUGUCCAACUAUGAGAUCUUCUGGUACACACACAACCUCUUCAUUGUUUUCUACAUCAUCCUCAUGGUGCACAUGGUUGGAGGAGCUCUGAAGUAUCAGACCAACUUAGAGGGCCACCCUCCUGGCUGCCUCGGAGCCAAUCAGAGCAGCACGGAGCAGCAGGGUGAGGAGCUGGAGGCGGGUGUGGACGAAGAGAGAAGAUGCGGAGAGGAGGCUCACUUCCAGCCGCACUACCCUCAGGUGCUUUACGUGGACGGUCCCUUUGGAAGUCCAUCAGAGGAAGUGUUUAACUACGACGUCAGUGUUUGUGUCGCGGGUGGAAUAGGAGUCACGCCUUUUGCCUGCGUGCUGCAUGCGCUUCUUGACGGGUGGACAGGUUUCAGGUUGCAGAGGUUGUACUUUGUGUGGGUCUGCAGGGAGCUCAAGUCCUUCUACUGGUUUGCUGAGCUGCUGUGUGCCCUUCAUCACAAGCUUUGGCAGGAAAACCGACCGGACUACUUUAAUCUGAAACUGUACGUCAGUCAGACAGACAACCUGCAGAGCAUGUCGGAGGAGAAGUACCGUCCACUCACCUCGAGGCUGCUGGUUGGUCGGCCCAGGUGGAAUUUACUGUUUGAUGAGAUCGGGAAGACCAAUAAGCAUAAGCGGGUCGGCGUUUUCUGUUGUGGACCAAAGGGCAUCUCCAAGACUCUUCACAGACUGUGUAACUCAGCCCGAUCCUCUGGAACAACCUUUGAAUUCAACAAGGAGUCCUUCAGCUGAUCGAACGCCCAAGCUGGUUUUAUAUUUCACUGAAAAACACAACUUUGCCAUUUGACAUAUGAAAGUGGGCAAAAGAACUUGAACAUUCACAGACUAUAUUGUUUAUUCAUAUGCAACCCUCCUACGGUCACACAAGACUCAGCAGAAAAACAACCUUAAAAUAAAGCCAAACCCACGACUAAUGUUCAAAUAUUCAAGAAGCAAGAAAAACAGAAGAGACCAGCCCACUGCUCAGAUCCUCCACUAAAGUUGCUGUUGGAUUUUAUUGUUUCCCUGGCACAUCCCCAUGGAGUAAAUACGUCUUUCAUCUUUCAGUGCACCAGGUGGAAACAUCACGCAGGGAUCAACAGACUUGUCUUUAAAAAACAGUUAAUUAAAGUUAACGCAGAGAUGGAACCAUGUGGAAAACAUCCAUUGUGGAAUCAAGAACGAGUUAAGAGUCUGCCGAAUUUAAUUUGACCUUUACUUAACACAACAAAGAACCAGUACCAACCAGGCUCUACUGACCAAAAAGUGUCAGUGUGUCCCACUCACAGACAGAGGAUUUGAGGAUAGCCUUCAGGGAAAUGUUGCUUUUCAUCAUCAGAAUCCGCUGGGAUUUGCUUUCAAGAGAGAUGAUGAGUGGACAUAUAAUGGACACCUGAUUUAGUCUUUAGCCCAGUUCUAAUCUGGCCCUUACACCCUCCCACUUUGUGUUUGUGUUGGAUUUACACUUACAGCUGAAUGAAGCACCCUUCUUUGAGGCUUAAGGUAUAGAUAAAACGGCAAUCUUCAUGAUUAACUUCUCUACGACAGAAGCCGGAACUAUUACGUUUCGUAACCAUGUUUUACUAUGGAAGAGGCAACCUAAGCACAUCCAGGAGAAUACAACUUUGAAGCUUUUGGUGGCAUUUCUUUUUAUGUAAACAAGUUUUUAAGCCGCCUGGUUUUUGCAACAGUCUCUGUAAUUAUACAACGAAAUGAACCCAUCUUCUGUGUUUUAAACGUAUAAAAGGUUGAAGUAGGGAGAGGGUUUAGGGGCCGGAUUCGUAUUGGACCUUUGUUUUACUCUUGUUGUUUGCUGUUCAUAUACGUGUAUCAAAAUCUGUCUUUAUACAAAGCAAACAUACACUACACCUCAAGCCAGUAUUCUUAGUUUUGUUUAUUAUUAUUUAUAUUGUACAUGUAAAGUUAUUUUCUUAUGUUAUGAGAAAAACUUCUGCAGGGUUUUGGCAAAGUGUAUGUGAUUAUUAUUUUCUUUUAUACAUAUCUCCAGAAAGUCAAGUUACUGAUGCAAAGAAAUGAGGAGAUGGGGGUUUCUGCAAAGAACCAACAUCUUGAUAUUUCUGAUUGUGUGCCUGAAACAACCAUCAACCAUCAACCAUUUAUUUAGCAUUUCAUAUUUAUAUAUAUUUGAAUGUUGAAUUGUAUGUCUAUUUUUAGGAAUGUUCUCUAUGUUGGCAAAGUCUGAAAUAAAGAGAUUUUCUAUUUAUUAUAUCUUAUAUUGCUUGCAAAUAAUAAGUGGGGAAACAUUUACUAAUUUCUGGGCCAAUUCUAUCUUAUCACAAAAAUAUAAUUUGAAGUCACAAGUAUGUUUUUUUACAUUUUAUUUUGUAAAAAAAACACUCUUGCCAGUAAAAAUCAUCACUCUUUACUGGCAUUCAUUAGAUUCAUGAAUUAAAUUAGUUGGUUCAUUUCCAAAUAGCCAUAAAAUAUGAACUUGGUGUGACAUGAUGACAACCAAAAUGCCAAGAAAACCGGAUCUUGUUGUUCAAUUUGAAUGCAACAUAUAGUACACAAACUCAUGAUUUGUUAUCAUGAUGCAUCUUACUUCUCUUUUCCUCUGAAAGAUCACAAUCUCUUCUCAUAGCACCAGCGGUAACACACAAGAGAGAUGUGGGAGACUUUCAUUGUGGUAAAUCAUUUCAGUAAAUGUACUCAAAGGAAAGCUGACACAACAAGUCACUGUACAAAUACAAGAAAAUACCGUAGUGAACUAUAAAAAAUACUUGCAUGUUCAUGAAAACAUGAGAAAAGACUGAUUGCAUUUUAUAAUUGAAUAACAAUUGGCUCUGUGUGAGGUAAAAAUAUAUCCCAAAAAUAGAUUCUUAUCCACAAUCUUGAUUUCAAUUGCCCCUUACUUAAAAAGGUUAGUUCACCUUAAUACCAAAAAUAUAUAUAUAUGAAACGCUAAAAUCCAUUGAAAACUUUAA